GUGCGACAAGGGGAGACUAUUCAACAUACCGGGAGAAAAUGAAAAUAUUACAGAAAAUUUAACUCUAAUUACUCUAAACAAUAAAUGAUCUAGAUCAGUAGAUCUAAAGAUAUAGAAUAAUAUAGAUCUAGAUCUAAUAUAUAGAUCUAGAUCAUUACGCUUACUGAUUGUUCCCGAUUGAUGGAGUCUUAAAAUAGUAAAUCUAAAUCAUAAAUCUACGAGAAUCUUUGUUAAUAUACAAUAUAGACUACAUUUAAAAAAAAAAAUUAGUAAAUCCAUCAAAGCAACAAUGUCAACGAUGUCAAUGGAAACGCUACGCCUAACAGAUGUCUAUCAAGUAGGAGUUAGUGAGAAAGUUAGAGACAUGGAAAAAGAGCUUGCGCAAGAGCUCUUGGAACUUCGUACAGAGUUGGAGGAAGUUGAUUUGCCUCCCAAAACUACAAGUUCAGUGCCAAUACCUGAGGGUAAAGAACAUUUUAAACAAGAAAGAAAAAGUGUUAUUCAUCGAAUUCUAGAGGUAAGUGAAGCACAGCCUGUUAGAUUACAAGCUGAAGAAAUGAGGGUAGAGAUGGAGCUAGCUCUGACCAAGGAAUACACGACCAGUAGUCUCCCAUUGUUGGCACACCAGUACUUCACUGAGCGCACACAACAUUUGAUACAUCUAAGGUAUCUCUUAAUGCUUCGCUGGAAAAGAUUCUGUGAACACACAAAUACCAUUGAGAGCCUUUACCCAUUUUAUAGUCAGCGACUAACACAACUGCUCAAAGAGUAUAAAGACUGUGUACAAAGAGCUCAAAGGCUUGCACCUGCAAGGGAAGCAUUGAUGCUUGACCGUCCAGAGUCGGGCAUUACUUCAUUGAACAUGGAAGACCUGAUCAUUUACCUGCGUUGGCUAGUGUGUCACCUGCACUCUAUGAAAAAGUUCAACCAGUAUCUUAAGGUUUUACAAUGGUUGCCAGUAAGUCACAAGGAAGAGCUUGCUCCUUCUGAUUCAAGAACCACAGAAAAUGAUGAGUCAAUGCCUGGAUCUAAAAUGGCCUCCAGGUACCAGGACGACAUGUUUGCCAACAUUUUAUCCACCAGUUCCAGGCCCAUGUCUGUCAUUUCUGGGCACAGCAUUGUGUCUCUUGAUCCAUCACCAAGUUCCACCAGCAACAACAACAUGACACUUUUAACAUCAAGCCCUCUUCCCUCAUCUGCCCAUGCUUUUGCUAUAGCUGCAACAGGUGGAGCUCUGGUUUCUGAUGACAGAUCUCUUGGUUUGCCUGUACACUCCAUGGAGCUUGAGUCCUUCAAGCAGCAACUGUUAUUUCUUAUAAAUGUCUAUGGUAUUUCCAUUGACCUUAACAAUGUCCACAACAGUGCUGAUGAGAUGGAGUUAUUUGGUGCAGUGAAUCGAAAGUUUAAACAAGUUUUCAUGAAGCAGGAGCAACUCAAGUUGUUCAAGAUGUAUGACUUAUAUGAGACAAGUGCAGAGAACUCUGAACCUAUGAGUGCAGCAAACACCUUAAAAAAAGAAGCCACCUGGUGUGAGUUUAUAAAUCUAAUUCCGGAAAAAGAUCUUCAACAAGAGAAGAUGUGGUCCACUCUUCAUCUGAGAAAAUAUGUUGAUGAGCUGCUGGAAGUCACAACGCACUUUAUACAUGCCAAGAGUGUUGAGAAAGUCCAAGAUGCACUGAAGAAACAUGCUGCACUGCUGAAAGUCCCACUUACUGGAACACCAACACAUCAAUCAUCUCGAAACACUGCAAGUUUGUGGAGGAAAAUUUAUUCCAGUCCUGACUUAUUUACAACUACAGAAUCUGCUUCUGGCUCUGGUAUGCCUGACUUUGAUGAGAAAGAUGUGGAGAACAUCAAUCUGUCGGCCAGGCGUAGUUCUAGUGCAUCCAAACACAGAAACAGUUAUGACUAUUCUAGCACAGUUCAAAUGCUAGGUCUAGAUGAUGGAGAGCAGGAUGACUCAGACUUGUCCACAAUUCAAGGCUCAUUUCUGUCUUUUCUCCACUUGAGACAUCUUCGUGUCAGAGACCUGCAACAAACAUGUUUGUCAGUGCUGAAUUAUUUCCGCUCUAUAGAGAGGACUCUGACUAUCAAUGACAUGGGCUUGAUCUCAGAUGAUGGACAACUGAAACAGAACAUCUCUCCCAAUCAUAGAUAUGGCACUGAGCUGAAUGGAAGUCGUGGUGGAGGCAGAGUUCUUGGAUCUCAUACAUACCUUUAUAACACUCCAGUAGACUUCAAAAUGAGUGAGUCUGAGUUUAUUGAGUUCUCUGAGGUAGAAAAUCAUGAUGACUUCUACUCUUUGGAAGAUGGACGAGUUCUUGUCCUUGAUCAGAAAGGUCAUUAUAUCAUGUAUGACAAGGCUCUGGAAGAUUUUAGUAAAUUAGAAAAAGAACUAAAAAUGGUUGCCAGCUAUUACAUUGAAAAAGAUCAAGACUUGCGCAGAGCUACAAAAUUGUCCAGAACUCAUUCUCUACAGGCUGGAGACUUUGACAUUCCAAGUUACGCUCAUAAAGAUGUUGACAGAUAUGGAGUGAUCCUUGAUGCUUGGACCAAUGAAGCAUCCUUCCAGGAGUGCAAGCGAGAGUUAUUGGACUGUUAUUUUGAGGCUUAUCAGCAUGUUUAUGAUCAAGAUGAAAAAAGAAAAUUAGCACAAGUCAUCACCAACAUCAUUCAUCAGCGACCUCGUUUUGACCUGGAAGCUGAUUACUUUGUGCACAUCUAUCGGACAGAAUUUUCUAUUUUGCGGCAACAUGCUUCUCUGGUUAAGUCCAUUUUGGACAAACAAAUAGAGGCUCAAAGAGAGUACAUUCAGAGAGUAACCAGAGAAGGAGACACAGAAUAUGGAUUGCCUCAUCAGAUUAUUCCAAAGCAACCCAUUGCUGUUAAUCUCAGCAGGCCAGCCCUUAAGAGUGUAUACAUGCUGGAGUUUCACCCAACACUGGCCAUAGCCAGCCGCAUUCCACUUGCUCUUAAACAUGCAUUUUGGGAACUCCAUGAAAUACACAAGCCAAAUACUCUGUCCUCAUCCUUGCUAAUGGAAAAACAACUCUUACAAGUUGCACUAGAAGAAUGGGAGGGGUUGCCUCCCUUGGGCAGCACAUAUUCAAUGCAAGUACAGAAAGAUUUAUUUUCUCCUGUGUUUGCCGAAGAUCCAUUGUUUAUGUCUGAGUUAGCUCAGUAUUCAGUCAAACAGCAGGAGGAGCUAGGAGGUCGAAGGUCCCAUAAAGAGAAGCAAAUAGGAAUGGUUCAAACCAUUGGUCGACUUAUGGAAAUAAUCACACUACGACAAAGAAUGAUUGAUUCAGCUUGGGAAAGUGAAAUUCUAUCAAAGAUUUACAAAAAACAAGCCGCUGAGAUGGGAUUUCCUGAAUACCACAUGAACAUCAGAUUUGUUCAGUUUGAAUUUGCCAAUUACAAAGAGAAAGCUGGGAAACCUCCACCAGUGUUUAUUACAGCCAUACAGGAAGAUGAAACAGCAGUAGACAAAUAUUCUCCUUCCUGUCUGCUGCUAGCUAUACAUGAGCUUGAUGAAGGGCAUGUUGGUAGAUUUACAUUUCGAAAUCGUGAUGGCUUCUUGCAGAUGAUGAAACAGGGUGGUAUGGAGAGUUUCCAGGUGGCGCUACAAGCACAGAUUUUGCAUAAAAAUGCCCUGACUUCAGCCAUACAACAAGCCAAUGUCUGCACCCCUGUCAAUGGUCAAGAAAGGAAGAAUGGUAGAAUCAGCCCCAUUGAAACUAAAAGUGAGAAAAGCUCAUUGACCCAACUGACAAAUACUUCCAGUGGAACAAGUGGACCAAUCAGCUCUGGAAAUAACACUGAGCGCAACAAAAGUAGACAUGCAGCUGAAGCUUUCUUCUCUUUACAACUGGAGAAGACACCAAGUAGAGAUCUAAUGCUGAAUGAUUUUGUCUCCAAGAAGCAACAAAUGGGAAGCAUACUAAAGAACCCUGAAGAGUUGGAAAAGGUGAAAAGGAAAUUGAUUUCUGAGUUUUGUUUUAGGUUCCACAGCCGUGUAGCUCAUGCCUCCAUGAGGGGACAACUACUUGUGUACUACAAUAGUAUACUCAAAGUUCUGGACAAAUUCCCAAGCAUUAGAGAUACUUAUUUUGUCCUGGGAGAAGCCAAUGAAAAGAAAACUGGAGAGGACAGUUUAGAUGGACUUAAACCUGACCCAAGAGUUCUUAAGAAGAGACCUCGUAGGCUUUUGUCUAGUGAUGGCAGAUAUGUUUUGAACAUUUGGUUCAUCCCCCACUACACUGAAAUCCUGGUCCUGUUCAAGACACUGGAGGAUGAUGCAUGCUCUCGGGCACUGUCCUACUCGGUGAGCAUCAUUGCAGCCCUCCAUGACAUGCUCCAGUAUCUCAGCGCUCAUGCUCAACUGGGAACAUCCCAUGCUAGGAAAGGUUCUGACAAGAUUGAGUUUGUUUCAGCAGAUUGGGGAGGAACUGAAGGCUUAGGCUCAGAACUGAGAGAGAUACAGAAACAAAUAGAACAUCUACCAGACUCCACAAGUCUUGAGUAUGUAUUGGAACUUCUGACAAUGAAACGUAAUGUCAUGUUCCUGGAGCUAGAUACAGCCAUCAGAAAUUCUAUGCCAGACACUUUCUUGUCCACCAACAAUGUGCAGGCUUACAAAAGUAUAGUACAGAAUGCGUUCCCAGCUCUGUCAGCUAUAAGUAAUGUUCAGAGGCAGAGUCUGAUGGCUACCUACAUGACUAUACCCGAGCCUCUAGAAGCUAGAGAUCUGCUGGCCAAACAGAUCUUUCCAUUCAGAUCUUUUCUUAACUGUAAUGGACCUUUUCCUUGUGCCUUCUGGCAGUGGUUUCGAAUUGAGAACUAUAUUAUGUUAUGUUUGGCUGGAUUGACUGAUGUUGAAAGACAUGUUGCCAAUGGAGAAAUUCUUGGAGUGUCUCUACUUAUGGAAGAUGUUCUGCAGUCUGGAACAUCUGGUGCCAUGUUCUCUGACACUGAUUCUAAAAUGCACAGUGGGCCAGAGUCAUUGAAUGAAGCACUGGAAACAUCCAAGCGUGGCAGUGUUCUCUUAGAUCUAAAGGAUGUCAGCAAGGCUCUGAUUGUGACCCCUCAGCAGCAGAGUCUGUCUCGUUUGAACCAGCCAUUAGAAUCCUACCGUCUGCUUCACUUCUUCCUUCUGUUGUGGAAGUGUCUGGAGAUGGUGAAACUGGACUGGGGAAGGAGAAGGUUCCUGGGCAGAAACAUUGACAGCAGUGAGACUUACAGAGAAUACUGCAAGCUGUACAGAACUGAAAUUCUACUGCCUGUCUUACAAAGUGUAGCCAGGAGGCUGGGCCAAGGUGACCUCUAUGAAAGCCUCAUUCUGGACACUGAUGUGUAUGUGAUGCCUAAAGGAGCUUCAGAAAUAGAAGUCAGACUCAAACAGCUGUACAGACUUUUGGAAAAUUAUGAAUGUCACAUGAUUGGAGAAGUCAGGAAAAGGGUUGCAAGGGAGAUCACUCUAGCACUCUCUGAAAGAGCACGAGAAGAAGAGGCUUUGCCAACAGACCUCUGGAAGAGAACAGUAAUGAGUGAAAGUUUCACAAUGAAUCGCCCUCAUGUUGCUGAGAAAUUUGUCAACUUGUUGAUGUCUAAAGCUCAGGAGACUGAAUCUUCAGUCACACUGGACUCCAAACAUCUUCAAACAUGUUUAGCAGAACUGGCCAGGAAUGUCAUGGCAAGAGAAAAACAUAAUUUUGAAAGUUAUUCCAUGUAUUAUGAAAACCUUCUGAGAGUCCACCACCAGCUGUUAUAUCAAAGAGAAAGGGAGAUAAAACAUCUUAAAGACCAGUUGAAACAGGCUCAAAGUGAUACACAAGUUAGAGUUCAGUGCCAGCUUGCUGAUGAAGCUCAUGAUUUAUUGAUGGAGGUGACAGCGUUACAAGCCAAAAUUGCUGAGAUGAGAGAAAUGAGCCUGACACAAGAACGUGAUGUCAGAGAAAGGGUGAAGGAAGAAUACCAAGACUUGAUACACAAUAUGUUCAAUUCAACAUUUCAACUUCGAAGCAAAUUUGAUCAGUUCAGAAAUGAAUUACAUGACAAUGUAUUGAGUAAGAUCAGUGAGACAAGAAAAGAAGCUGUGGAAGCAAUCAGUAAACUGCAGUACAAAUUUAAAGGAGUCUCUGAUGAAGAUAAAAUGAAAUCAAAUUUGGAAGCGGCAUCUCAGCUCAGAAACCUACAAGUUGAGAACCAUCAACUCAGUCAGAUCAUUCUAAAGAUGAAAGCCUUAAAUAUUUGGAGACAGAACAUCAAACAACAUAACUUUCAGAAAUCUGCUGCAGAUUUGCAGAAGAUAGCAGAAAACAACAAAAAGGAACAUGUUGAAGUAAAGAUGUUGGCUGAAGAAGAAAUUCUACAACUACGUCAGCAGCUGCUGGCUAUACGCAAAGCAUUGACAGAAACAGACAAGGACUGUAAUCAAGUUAGAAAGAAGCUUGAAAGGGAGCUCAAACUUAAAUCUGAGAAAGAACAUGAGGAGGCUCAGAAAGAAAAAAGUAAACAGCAGCUUGAGAAAGCCAAACAGGCAACAAUGGACAGACUGGUCAAUGACCUAAUGGACAAAGAAACAAAACUAAAACUGAUAGAACAAGACAAGGACAGGACGACCAAACUGACCCAGAUUGCUUAUGAAAAAGCCAAAAGAGAGAAAGAAAUCAUCAAGAAACAGUUGAAUCAAGAGAGAUCACUCAAAGUUGAAGCUUUCAACAGAGUGGACACUUUACAAUCUCAGGUUUAUGACUUUGAAACUUGUUUGAUGAGCAGACCUAUGUCAUCGACCACUGCCCUCAGUAAAUCUAGAUCCAGAGCAACUUCUGCUGGCAUGGCUGGACACAGUCGACCAUCAACUGUGAGUUCACACUGGGCACCACCAGUUCCUUGGCCAGCCACACGAAGCUUGACCCCAUGGGGUGAAGUUCCCAUAGAUGUCAAUCAAAUGAAUAACAAUGAAAAGAAAAUUCAGAGACCAAAAACGGUUGGUGGACGGCUGCGUAGUAAAAUAGCAGAACAACUUUUGAAUGAAUUUGAGCCAGACACACAUCAGACCAUUGUCCAAUUCGGGCUACUGGAUGGUACAAAAAGAUAGACUGUGAUACAAAGUAAACUUUUGUUGCACUUAAUAUAAUAUUUAUCUAUUUAAAUUUUUAAAAUGUAUGUGAUUUACCCUUGUGACAAACAUUCCUACAUAAACAUUGUUACAAUUGUUGGACUUUAACAUAUGAUUUGUAAAAUGAAAUUAAGAUUUAUUUCUGUUUAAUGUCAGAAAAAAAAGGUUUGGAAUCUUUUCAUUUUAUACAUUUAUCCACAUUUAAAUUGUCUUCUUAUUUAAAUGAAUGUCAGUGAUUUAUAAAAGUAGGUAAACAUUUCAUUGAUGUAGUCACCUGCUUGUAACAGACCCAUGCUUCUGUUUAUACAAUAGACUUUCUAACACUGACACUUCUAGGUUUAAAUAUAAAAAAAUGUUAUGUGCUAUAUUGUUAAUUAGUUAUGUUUAUGCUGUGAUAAUGAUCUGACACUUAGAAAGUAUUCUACGCAAAUAUUUGUUUGUAUUGUUUGUUCUGUUUAGGAGCAUAAUAUUAUAAAUAAUCACAUAUUUUUGUUAUUAAGUUUUUCUGUCUCAUUUUACUAUUUAAUAUUGAGUUUCUAUUUUGCUGCCAUAUCAAGUAUUAAAUGUAGAGUCUUUGUUCAUAAAAUUUAUGUUAAAGAUAACUCAUCAUUUUUAACAUUAUAUUGUGUAUACAAAAAACAGAUCUCACUCUGACUAUUGUAUUACAUGAUUCAGAUGGAAUUAUCUUAUUGAAAACAUAACUUUUUUUCAUGUUAUAUUCAUGCUAUAUUCAUGUUGAAUAAGUUAAGCUAUAGAAAAUACAUAAAAAAUUCAUGCACUAGUGGUCAGUUUGCUUCUAGGUUACUGACUGGCAGUCAUUUUGCUUUAGCGUACCUUCUUGUGGUCAUUUGGAUUCUAGCUCACCUACUAGUGGUCAGUUAGCUUCCAAGGUAACCAAUAUCAGUCAGUUUGCUUCUAGCUCACCUACUAGUGGUCAGUUUACUUUUAAUUCACCAAUUAGUGAUCAUUUAGUUUUAUCCCAAAAGUCAUCCUUUGUGGACAUCUUGUGAGAGGUUAAAAAAAACUGUUCCCCACCUCCGAUAUGGGAUAUCAAAGCAUUGGAAAUUGAUGUUGCUUAUUGGGAUGAUAUAGCCUUAGACCACACUGAGAGAUGGACAGCAAAAAAGUAUUGGCCUCAGCUCUGGAAGAAAAUCUAGCUUGCCAAAGCAAAAAUAGCUGGCUCCUCUACCACUAAAGUGAAUGGGCACCUGUGUUGUAUGAAGAUGGGAAUGUCUUUCUAGAAUAGGCUCUACAGUAGAGCUACAGUCACAUGACAAAGUGUUCUACCAGAUGAACCAUAUAGUCAUUUUACAACUGGAGGAGGCUAUUAGGUUUUAUAAUGGGUAUUUUUUUAAUUUUGACAUCUGGCUAGGCUAGAUUAUAUUUUAUACACCAUAGAAGUACCUUACAAUAAAAACUAAUUGGGGACUUAGUUGUGCAGCUAUGACGAUGCAUGUAGUCAAGACUUUUCACUUCUUCUAUUGAGGAGGCACCAACAGAAUCAAAACAGAGGGCAUGCAUUACACUCCAAUCAGCUUUUUUUUUUUUUUUUUUGACUACUUCAUUUGGUACUCCGGGGUAUAAAAAAAAAGGAAAGUUCCCCUUUCAGACCUUGUGGUCUAUAGUGCAGAUGAUGUAAAGGUUAUCUGUUUCUGUGGCCUAUUGUUAACGAGGGUGUCAUGUAGGCACAACGACCAACCGCAUUUACUUUUUCCCAACUAAUGUCAGGUACCCAUUAGAGCUGGGUGGACUCAGAGGCACCAGAAAGAUCCUGAAAUUAAAAUUCCAGUCUACACUAUGAUUUGAACCCGAGACCCCCUGUUCGGAAACCAAGCGCUUUACCACUCAACCACUGCACUUCUAACACCGUGCAGACUACUAAAUCAUAUCAUAAUAAUUAUUUCAAUAAACUCUUUCUUUUAUUUGUAAAUGAAAAAAGAUAUUACCAAAUUUAAAUAGGCCCUACGUGCGACAAUGUUAGACUCAAACUUGGUAAACUUGAUAACCACUUACUUCUGAAAUAAUAUAUCGUUGCUUGUCCAUCAUUCUUGAUGUAGACCAUUAAUGACUAUUUUCUUAAGCUUCCCUUUGUGUUUCUGCCAAUAGGGCAUAUUUCAAUAACUGCUGUAGGAAAGACUUUUUUUUCUUCUGAAUCUGCUUCAGCAACAUUCCUCUUUUAGUCUGACACCAGAUCUCACAGAAGGAGACCAAGAAUCUCUGUCAUUAGCUGUAGUCUCCUAGGAGGGACUGUCAGUAUUGAAUCAUCUUAAAGGUUCUUUGAGAGUUUCCUUUAUUUCUUUUUCUUUUACCUUCUUGUUAUGAUAUAAUCUUAGUACGACAGUCAGCAUUGAUACUACAUGUACAUAAGCAAAGAUCACAUUUUAUAUAGUUCACAUUAAUAGGAGUUAGUACAAGUUAUCUGUUUUCAAUGUUAUCUGAUUACACAGUACAUAAUGUUACAUAGCAUAACACACUGUAUAAGCUUGUUUCAAUUAUCAUGAAAAAUAAACUGUUUUUUUCAUAGUACUUUCAAAAGUAGACAAAAAUAAACUGCUGAAAGUUAUGAUAAUUAUAUGCUGUAUCGGUUGUCGUUCUUAUGUUUACAUGUGCUUGUAACUCGCCCAUAAGAAUGUGUUCAUGAAAUGUGUGUUGUGUAGUCAUUCAGUGUAUAAAAGCCAGACUAAGCAGA